AUCAUCAACCUCAACAUUCUCAUUUGAGCCUCUUCUUCACAAGCCAGAACUUCGCCUAGUUCAGCAACUCUUCUUCUCAACUGCGUUCGCACAAUGGAAUCCACACACCAGAAACCCGGUAUGCUACUCGUGCACCCACGUUUAAUUCACAAGGGCGGACUUUAUAGCUCGGAAUUCUGUCGGUGGACGAAACUGCAUUUCAGAGACAUGCUCAAAAUGUCCUCGGACAAACAUUCAGACGGCAAAGUCACUUCUUGUUUGCGGUUCAUCAGAUCCAACGAGGGACAAGGUUAUGGGCACGACCCGGAAGGAGACACAAAACCAAUGUUUGUGUACGUAUGUCUUGUUGACAACUUGGACGUCUUUAAGAGUAAGGCAUACGACGAUUUGAGCAGGGUUUUGAAUUUGGAAAAUACGAGGGAGCUCAACCAGGAUGAAUACCCAGUAAACUACAGUGGAAAUUUGGGUAACGAGGCAACAGUGUUCGACAUUGUUAGUGCCAGGUUCGCCGUCUACGAAGAUAUU